AUGGACGUGGACGUGGUCGUGGACGUGGACGUGGUCGUGGACGUGGACGUGGACGUGGACGUGGACAUGGACAUGGACGUGGACGUGGACAUGGACGUGGACGUAGACGUGGACGUGGACGUGGACAUGGACAUGGACAUGGACGUGGACGUUGACGUGGACGUGGACGUGGAGGACUUGGACGUGGACAUGGACAUGGACGUGGACGUGGACGUGGACGUUGACGUGGACAUGGACGUGGACGUGGACGUGGACGUGGACAUGGACGUGGACGUGGACAUGGACGUGGACGUGGACGUGGAUAGGGAACUGGACCUGGACGUGGACGUGGACAUGGACGUGGACAUGGAUGUGGACGUGGACAUGGACGUGGACAUGGAUGUGGACGUGGACGUGGACGUGGACGUGGACAUGGACGUGGACGUGGAUGUGGACAUGGAUGUGCACAUGGACAUUGACAUGGACGUGGACGAUGACGUGGACGUGGACGUGGACAUGGACGUGGACGUGGACGUGUACGUGGACGUGGACGUGGACGUGGACAUGGAUGUGGACGUGGACGUGGACAUGGAGGUGGACGUGGACGUGGACGUGGACAUGGAGGUGGACGUGGACGUGGACGUGGACGUGGACAUGGACGUGGACGUGGACAUGGACGUGGACGUGGACGUAUGGACCGUGAACGUGGACGUGGACGUGGACAUUGUCGUGGACGUGGACGUGGACGUGGACGUGGACGUGGUCGUGUACGUGGACGUGGACGUGGACGUGGACGUGGACGUGGACGACGUGGACCUGGACGUGGACGUGGACGUGGAAGUGGACGUGGACGUGGACGUGGACGUGGAAGUGGAGAUGGACGUGGACGUGGACGUGGAGGUGGACGUGGACGUGGACAUGGACGUGGAUGUGGACAUGGACGUGGACGUGGACAUGGACGUGGACGCGUGGUCGUGGACGUGGACGUGGACGUGGAUGUGGUCACGUGGACGUGGACGUGACGUGGAUGUGGACAUUGUCGUGGACCUGGACAUUGUCGUGGACAUGGACGUGGAAGUGGUCGUGGACGUGGUCGUGGACGUGGACGUGGACGUGGACGUGGACGUGGACAUGGACAUGGACGUGGACGUGGACGUGGACAUGGACGUGGACGUAGACGAGGAUGUGGACGUGGACAUGGACAUGGACAUGGACGUGGACGUGGACAUGGACAUGGACAUGGACGUGGACGUAGACGUGGACGUGGACAUAGACAUGGACGUGGACGUGGACGUGGACAUGGACGUGGAGAUGGACGUGGACGUGGACGUGGACAUGAACGUGGACAUGGACGUGUAA